CUACACGUUAGCGCGCGCUAGUGAUCCACAGACCGUUUUCUCUCCAGCAAGACAAGUUGUGUCGCUCUUUGUGAAGAGAGAAAGGGAGCUAUUUUGUAACCAACCAACCUAGCAACUUUAGGCUGCAGCACCGAAGUUGACGGAAAAGGUCUCAGGGAAUAUUUUUUUAUUUCUACUAGAUCCAAACAAACACUCCACCAUGUUUGAGGCUCGCUUGGUACAGGGAUCCAUCCUGAAGAAGGUUUUGGAGGCUCUGAAGGACCUGAUCACAGAGGCCUGUUGGGACGUUAGCUCGUCGGGUAUCUCUCUCCAGAGUAUGGACUCGUCCCACGUCUCCCUAGUUCAGCUCACCCUCCGCAGCGACGGGUUCGACUCCUACCGUUGUGACCGCAACCUCGCCAUGGGAGUCAAUCUUAGCAGUAUGUCAAAGAUCCUGAAGUGUGCUGGGAAUGAGGACAUCAUCACGCUCAGAGCAGAGGACAACGCAGACACACUCUCCCUAGUCUUCGAGACACUCAACCAGGAGAAGGUGUCAGACUAUGAGAUGAAGCUGAUGGAUCUCGACGUAGAACAGUUGGGAAUCCCAGAGCAGGAGUAUAGUUGUGUGGUAAAGAUGCCAUCGGGGGAGUUUGCCCGUAUCUGCCGUGACCUGUCUCAGAUUGGUGACGCCGUCAUGAUCUCCUGCGCCAAGGACGGCGUUAAGUUCUCGGCCACGGGGGAGCUGGGCACUGGCAACGUCAAACUGUCCCAGACCAGCAACGUGGACAAAGAGGAGGAAGCGGUGAGUAUUGAGAUGAACGAGCCAGUCCAGCUGAUCUUCGCUCUCAACUACCUUAACUUCUUCACCAAGGCCACACCCCUCUCCAAGACAGUCAUCCUCAGCAUGUCUGCAGACAUCCCCCUGGUGGUGGAGUACAAGAUAGCUGACAUGGGCCACGUCAAGUACUACCUGGCACCCAAGAUUGACGAGGAGGCUUCCUAAACCUCCCUGGUUCAAACUUCCAAUGGAAGAACAGAGAGGAGGGAGAUGUUGUUGGAGGGUGGUGAAGUAAUGUCCGAAUGGCUGACUUGACUUCGUCUGCAUCAUGGAAUCACUUGGUUUUAGUUUUAUCUGGAUACAUUCAUUGAUAUCAGCCGUUUGACUGAUGCAGUCUGACUUAAAUUUGAUACUGGCUAGACAAUAGUGGGGAUCUACUAAAGGCUUUUUCUGGGACUAGGGUUCUUGUUCUAGCUCAGGAGUACUUUUCAGAGUUAAUAAUCUGAUCUAGCCAGCUGUCUGAGGAAGAUCACAUGUCCACUCCAUCCCUCUUCUCUGUUUGGAAAACAAAUGCUCAUUCCAACUUGUAGAUAUGUCUGUAUAUAUGUUAUGUGGUCAUGUUCACCACUCCAACUUUUUUGUAUUUGUGAACUCCAAUAAAUAAAUAAUUUGA